AUGGAUACUAUCUUCAAUUCUACUGGAAGUAAUCCCAGAGGUAUUCCAGAGGCACCAUUUGUUGAGAAAGUCGAGGAUUUCAUCAAGGAUCCUAGCGAUUUUGAUCUAUGUUUUAACAAGUUUCAAGAACGUUUGUCCAAGUACAAAUUCAUGCAGGAGUCUAAAUUGCUCACAAUCAAGCAACUAAAAUCUAAGAUCCCUGAUAUCGAGAACACUCUCAGUAUGUGUAAUAUGCUCAAUUUAAAGAAAAAAGCGGGAGAAUGCCUUGAGGCAAACUAUCAGCUCAAUGAAACGCUAUACACGAAAGCAGCAAUCGAUACCUCAGAAGAUCUGUAUGUUGGACUUUGGCUAGGUGCCGAUGUGAUGUUAGAAUACCCAAUCGAUGAGGCUAUUGAUUUAUUGACUUCAAAGCUCAGCGAAGCAGAAAGGAACUUAGAGAUUGCAAAGGAAGAUGUGGAAUUUCUGAGAGAAAAUAUAACAACAAUGGAGGUAAACUGCGCCAGACUCUAUAACUGGGAUGUGGAAAAAAGACAACAGCUAAAAAAAGCUGAAGAGGGCACCAAGAACCUAAAAAUAUGA